AUGUCGGGCUCCGUGCCUGGAGAGGCUCCUGGGGAGGUGACCUAUUACGGCGGAUGGGGACCAGCUGCAGAUGACAAUGACCUCGGAAUAAUCUCUGUCCUUUCUUCCAUCAGGCUGACCCGUCGCGUGGCCCGCUGCCCUCUGCCCAUGAACCCCCCACCCUCUCCCAUGUGGACCCCCACAGCCAAGAUCCACUCGGACAAACUCAAAAUGUUCACCAAGAAGAAAUGCUGGAGGAGCAGACUCAUCACGAAAUUGUUCAUGGCCAAAUAUGUUGAAAAGGGAAAGAUCGGUUCUGGAGGUUAUGGCUCAGUUUUUGCAGGUUACAGAAAAGAGGAUAAUGUACCGGUGGCUAUAAAACAUAUUCCACAGACGGGUGUGAAGCAUGCAGAAGUAACUUUAGAAGGAAAGGUUAAAUGGAUCCCCCUGGAAGUUGCACUAAUGCUGCGAGUCAGUUCAGAACCAGUAGGAAACAGUGCAGCAGUGGCCCUGCUGGACUGGUACGACCUGGACAAAGAGCUGAUUCUCAUCCUAGAGAGACCGCUCCCAUGCUGUGAUCUCCUAGAUUACAUCAACACCCACGGGCCCUUGGAGGAGCACAAAGCAAGAAUUAUAACCAAACAGCUCGUAGAUGCUCUCAUUGAGAUCCAAUCUAGAGGAGUAUUUCACCGGGACAUAAAGCUGACCAACAUUCUCAUAGAAACCGGCUCUGAUGAACCUCGUGUCAGGAUUAUAGACUUUGGCUGCGGCACAUUUCAGUCAAAGAAGAUUUUAAAGUCAUAUCAAGGUAUGCUGAACGUGCGAAUAUGCAUGCCGGAGUGGUUUAAGAAAGGGAGGUACAGGGCUGGACCAGCUACAGUGUGGCAGCUUGGCACGGUGCUUUAUGAGAUGCUGCAUGGACAUCUCCCCUUUUGUAGCGAGGAUGAGAUUGUCUUGGAGGACGCUUUCAUAUAUGAAACCGUUUCAAUCGAAGCCGAGGAAUUUCUGGAGAGUUGUCUCAUCAAAACCCAAACUGCAAGACCCACAUUGGAGACACUUAGGGACCACCCCUGGCUGAACUAA